AUAAGUUCCCUGAAACAGUAUAAAAGGUAGGAGAGGGUUCCCAAGGAAACAUUAUCACAUUUCAAGACUCGCUUGAUCAUGGCGAACGUGGAAAUCCUCUUCCUUCUUCUCACACUCAAAUUAAUGUCAUUGCAAUAUAUCACAGAAGCAGCAGAGCAUGUAGUGGGUGGUGAUUCCGCUUGGAUUAUUCCUAUAAAUAACCCUUCCCUCUAUUCAUCCUUCGCAGCAAGCACCACCUUCAGAGUAAACGACACUCUUGUCUUCAACUUCAGAACGGGAGCUCACAACGUUGCCACCCUGUCGCAGAAACACUACGAAAGUUGCAACGUCACCGAGAUAAUAGAAUCGUUCAACACGUCGCCGGCCAAAAUCACUCUCAACCGCACCGGCGACUUCUACUUUGUGUGCGCCUUCCCGAGUCACUGCAGCCUCGGCCAAAAGCUCAGCAUUCAUGUCACCGCAGGAGGCUCUUCUUCCCUCACGCCAUCGGAAGCUCCACACUCGGGUGCCCCCACUCUCCUCGCUGUCACUGUCCCUGUCCCUGUCCUUGUCAUGGCAGUUGCCACAAAUCUCUUGUUUCAUUCUUAUUAAAAUCUUGUAAAAGCGGUUUCUUUUACGUAUGUGGUCUGUCUUUCUGGUUGUUUGUAUUUGUUUUGUGCUGUGGUAAUAAAUUGAUGUUUUUCAUUUUCCAGCUGCAUUGACAAGGACAUUAAUGGAUUUGUGUUAUAGUGUGAGGAUUGUUGAUGAAUAAAAGAAAAUGUUGAAUUA